UUGCCCGAAGGAACGAAUUAAGAAUAUUGCAAGAGUAGUUAGUUGCGUCGCCAACUCAUCGGAAAAAUUUGAAAAUUUCUGGGGAAAAAAAAGCCAUCAUCACCACCAACAGCGACAACAAGGACAAAGUUAAAAGUUCCUGUUCUGUUUUCAGGAACAUACAGCAACGUUGAACGUUCGUUUUUUUUUGUUUUUGUUUUGCAAAGAACAGAGCAGAAAAAAAACAGAACAACACUCACAACAGGAAUUUUCCCAAAUUGUUGGUGUUCGUAACCAUUUUUUUUUCUUUCCUAUCACUUUCUCUCUCCUCUCUGUUUUUUUUUUGGGUUUCUCUUUCUCUCUCUUUGAGACUCUCUGAGGAGGUUUGUUUUUGUUUCUCGUUCGCAACAACCUCAACCUCCUCAUUCAAACCUCGGAAGUUUCGCUUUCAGCAAUGGAAACCCGCGACUUUCCUCGAUUUGGCAAAUGCACCUCUGGAGUUUGGUGUCGAAGGUUGCGUUGAUUCCUCCAACGACCCUUUUCGACCUUAUCUCUUUCAAACCUCCCCCAGAAGAAAAGAAAAAAAAAGAAACUAUUUUUUCAUUUUUGUUUCCAUUUUCCGCGUUGAUUCCGAAAUGGGUCGUCGGAAUCAGGAAAUGGGGUGUUGAAAAUUGAAAAAUUCUCGAGCUGGGUAUGAGAAUUUGAGGGAAAAGCUGUGAAAUUCGGGUGAAUUUUGUUGAUUGAAGUUUUGAAGAUGAUGAUAUCAGCUUCCAUGUCUUCUCUAACGAGGAGUUCGCUGGAGGAGAUGCUUGAAUCGCUUCGCCGGAGAGACGAGGAGGAGAAGCCGAAGGACUUGCCGCCGGCAUUGCCGUCGCGGCCGCCGUCGAGGGCGCGGUUGCCGCCGGGGAGGAGGUCGCUGCCUAACAACUUCAAGGUGGAUGGUGAGAAUGGUGUGAUGGGGCACAGAAGGAAGGGCAGUUUUGGGACCAAGAAGGUCAAGUUGAAUGUUGAAUCCCCUUAUGAAGUCAAAUCAGAAGAGAUAGUGAGUGAACAAUCAUCACCACGUCCGGUUUUUACAUCCAAUGAUGCUUCUGCUGAGUGUGAAGCUCCUCCUCCGACCGGGGAAUUGGAGGAUGAUAAUGUUGUUUAUUUCAUCAAAAAGAAACUUCAUGUUUGGUGUAGGCAACCGAAAGGGAAGUGGGAGCUGGGAACAAUACAGUCAACUUCAGGAGAGGAAGCAUCUGUUUCACUCUCAAAUGGAAACGUUAUCAAAGUAGCCAGAUCAGAGCUGUUACCGGCCAAUCCUGAUAUUUUAGAGGGUGUUGAAGAUCUUAUACAGCUCAGUUAUUUAAAUGAGCCCUCAGUUCUGCACAAUCUUCAGUCUAGAUAUUCUCAGGAUAUGAUUUACAGUAAAUCAGGGCCAAUUUUAAUUGCACUCAAUCCUUUCAAAGAUGUUCAAAUUUAUGGAGAUGAUUAUAUUUCAGCUUAUAGGCAGAAACUUAUGGAUAGGCCUCAUGUUUAUGCUAUGGCAGAUGCAGCUUAUAAUGAGAUGAUGAGAGAUGAAGCGAAUCAGUCCAUUAUCAUAAGUGGUGAGAGUGGAUCUGGGAAAACAGAGACAGCAAAAAUUGCUAUGCAAUACUUAGCUGCUCUUGGUGGUGGCUGUUCUGGAAUAGAAAAUGAAGUUCUCCUGACAAACUUUAUACUAGAAGCUUUUGGGAAUGCAAAAACAUCUAGGAAUGACAACUCUAGCAGAUUUGGGAAGUUGAUUGAAAUUCAUUUCAGCACAAUGGGGAAAAUUUGUGGGGCAAAAAUUCAAACUUUUCUGUUAGAAAAGUCAAGAGUUGUUCAACUUGCCUUGGACGAGAGGUCAUAUCACAUAUUUUAUCAACUUUGUGCUGGAUCUUCAUCUGAUCUUAAAGAAAGACUGAAUCUUAGGGCGGCUAGCGAAUAUAAAUAUCUUAACCAGAGUGACUGCAUGACAAUUGAUGGUGUUGAUGAUGCUAAAAAGUUUCAUAGGCUGAUGAAAGCAUUGGAUGUUAUUCGAAUGUGCAAAGAGGAUCAAGAGCUAGUUUUUAAGAUGCUGACUGCAAUAUUAUGGUUGGGAAAUAUAUCAUUCCAAGAUACUGACAAUGAAAAUCACAUUGAGGUGGUGAAUGAUGAAGCUGUAACAAAUGCUGCUUUGCUAAUGGGUUGCAGUUCCCAUGAGCUAAUGGAAGCAUUAUCUACCCAUAAAAUCCAAGCUGGCAAGGAUACCAUUACCAAGACAUUGACCUUGCGGCAGGCAAUUGAUGCAAGAGAUGCAUUAGCAAAAUUUAUCUAUGCAAGCUUGUUUGGUUGGCUUGUAGAACAAGUUAAUAAGUCACUUGAAGUGGGUAAACGCCGCACUGGGAGAUCCAUAAGUAUCCUUGAUAUUUAUGGGUUUGAGUCAUUCCAGAAAAACAGCUUUGAACAAUUUUGUAUAAACUAUGCCAAUGAGAGGCUUCAACAACAUUUCAAUCGGCAUCUGUUUAAACUUGAGCAGGAGGAUUACGAAUUAGAUGGCAUUGAUUGGACCAAAGUAGAUUUUGAGGACAAUCAAGUGUGUUUGGAUCUCUUUGAGAAGAAGCCUCUGGGGCUACUCUCUUUGUUGGACGAGGAAUCGAAUUUCCCCAGGGCCAGUGAUCUAACACUUGCCAACAAAUUUAAACAGCACCUGCACGCUAAUCCUUGCUUUAAAGGGGAAAGAGGCAGGGCUUUUAGUGUCUGUCAUUAUGCAGGGGAGGUUUUGUAUGAUACAAGUGGCUUCCUAGAAAAGAACAGAGAUCCACUACCAUCUGAUUCCAUUCAACUACUGUCAUCAUGUAGUUGUGAACUGCUACAGUUGUUCGCAAAGACGCUUAAUCAGUCUCAGAAGCAAUCAAAUUCCUUGUAUGGAGGUUCUCUGGACUCACAAAAGCAGAGUGUUGGCACAAAGUUCAAGGGUCAAUUGUUCAAGUUGAUGCAUCAGUUGGAGACCACCACACCUCACUUCAUUCGCUGUAUAAAGCCAAAUACUAAGCAACAACCUGGAGUAUAUGAUGAAGAUCUUGUGCUACAACAGCUCAAGUGUUGUGGAGUUUUGGAGGUUGUUAGGAUUUCAAGGGCUGGAUAUCCUACUCGAAUGACGCAUCAAGAGUUUUCCAGAAGGUACGGGUUUCUGCUUUCUGAGGCAAACACAUCUCAGGAUUCAUUGAGCAUUUCAGUUGCUGUUUUGCAACAGUUUAAUAUCCCUCCUGAAAUGUACCAAGUUGGCUUCACCAAACUGUAUCUUCGAACAGGGCAGAUUGGGGCACUGGAGGAUAGGAGAAAACAUCUUUUGCAGGGAAUACUUGGGAUUCAAAAAAGCUUUCGUGGUUAUCAAGCUCGUCGUCAUUACCAUGAACUUAAGAAUGGAGUGACUAUUUUACAAUCAUUUGUUCGUGGAGAAAUUGCAAGAAGGGAAUAUGGUGUUAUGGUGAAGUCUUCUAUGACUAUUUCUACUGAAAAUAUUAAGGAGAUAGAGGCAGCCACAACACUACAAUCUGUAAUUCGUGGCUGGCUGGUUCGGAGGCAUGCUAGUAGCUUGAAUAAGUCAAAGAAAUCUCCUGGAAAUGCAAGAUCUAGGCGAAGGUCACGUGUGAAGAUGCCUGAAGUAAAGCAGGAUGUGUCCGGUGAGCGGGGCCAGAAUCUUCCUUCAGCCUUAGCAGAACUCCAAAGGCGGGUUAUCAAGGCUGAAGCUACCAUAGAGCAAAAGGAAGAGGAAAAUGCCGAAUUGAAGGAACAGCUAAAACAAUUUGAGAGAAGGUGGAUUGAAUAUGAGAAAAGGAUGAAAUCAAUGGAGGAUAUGUGGCAAAAACAGAUGGCAUCUUUGCAAAUGAGCCUUGCUGCUGCUAGAAAGAGCCUUGCUUCUGAGAAUGCCAGCGGUCAAAUUGCGAGGCGUGAUGUUGCGUCACCUUUCGGCUAUGAUUCAGAAGAUGCUACUUCUGUGGGAUCCCGAACUCCUCGAACACCUGGGGCAAGCACACCUUUGAAGUAUUCCAGUAGUCUUACUGAAGCUGGAGCAGGGAGAGAUGCCAACGGUACUUUGACUUCAGUCAGCAACCUGAUGAAGGAAUUUGAGCAACGCAGACAUACCUUUGAUGAUGAUGCCAGAGCUCUGGUUGAGGUUAAAGCGGGUCAAUCUGCUAACACGAAUUCCGUUGAAGAACUUCGGAAACUCAAACAUAGCUUUGAGGGGUGGAAGAAAGAAUACAAGGCUAGACUAAGAGAGACAAAAGCAAGACUACAUAAAUCAGAAAUGGAUAAAAGUCGGCGGAGGUGGUGGGGGAAAUUGAGUUCGAGAGCACUAUAACAUUCAGCUUACAAGUAUUCUCUUUGCCAAAGGUGAAUAAAAGGUGAAAGGUUAAGCAAAAGGGGUAAAAUGAUUGUUGUCAUAAACUCUCAUUUUAAGGAGUUGCUUCAUCUGUACAUCCAUGGGAACAUUUGAAAAGUGUUAUUGUACUAGUUGGUGAAGGGAAAAAAAUGUAUAUCUACCAAUUUUGUUACAUGGGGGGAGUGAUGUAUAGUUGUAGACUUUAGGUUGCAUAGUUGUAUUAGUAGUCUAGUUUGGUCAUGUAUAUGCUGUUGUUGCUGAUGUAAUGUAAAACUUAGCCUUAAUCUCUUAAAAAAUUGAAAUUUUCUGUUCAAAUGAACUCACAAAACAUCUUUUUUGUUUGUUUAUAGAUGAUCCUCCUCACCACUAGCUGGUCUGAAAACUGGAUAUUAUUCCAGAGUUUA